AUGGCACCAACGUAUCUCCCAUUCGAAGAACCAGGUGCUAUAACGUUACUUAUAUAUUCUUCAUUUUUGCUUUUUCUUAAUGGUUUGAAUUACAUUCUUAAUAAAUUUUUAUUUUGUGGACUAGUUGGGCAGAUUCUUCUAGGCGUUUGCUAUGGAGUACCUGGUACAAAUUGGCUCAGCAAACAUUCCCAAGAAAGUAUUAUGGAAUUGGGGUACAUUGGAUUACUCUUGAUGGUAUACGAAGGAGGAUUGUCUACCUCUUUCAACGUUUUGAAAGCCAAUAUUCAUAUAGCACUUUUGGUUGCUUUCACUGGUGUUAGUCUUCCUAUUGCACUCAGUUUUUCAAUAAUAGGCUAUUCCAACGCUACACCAGUAGCUGCGUUUGCAGCUGGUGCUGCACUAAGCUCCACUAGUUUAGGUGCAUCUUUUACUGUCUUACUAACAUCUGGGUUCAAGCAAAGUAGAGUUGGCAUUAUAUUGACUAGUGCUGCUGUACUAGAUGAUAUUUUUGGAUUAGUAAUGAUCAAAAUAAUUUCAAAUUUGGGUGAUGGAUCAUUUAAUGCAAUCAGCGUUAUACGUCCCGUAUUUGUUUCAAUAGCGCUUAUAGUUAUAGUUGGGGUAGUUGCUAAAUUUUUUAUGCUUCCGUUUGCAUUAUGGUUUAGAAAACAAAAAAGAACAUUUCCAAGAAUCUUGAGAAUAUUAUUAAAGACAAAAAAGUAUUAUUUUGUGUUACAUACUAUUGCACUAAUUGGUCUAAUUACUGGAGCAACAUAUGCUGGAGCUUCAAAUUUGACGGCUGCAUAUGUUUUUGGUGCAGCACUUUCGUGGUUAGACGAAACGUUAAUAAGUGUAGAAUGUGAAAGUGAGGCUAAGGACGAGAAAAUUAAUUUUAAUCAAGGCAGUAUGACCAAUAAUUUAGAAUCGCCAAUCACCGAAUUCUCUAUUGAUAAUAACGGAAAAGAGGAAUUUGAAAAUUAUGAUCAAGAACUAGUUUUUACUGGAUCUGAAGUGUUUGACGAAUUUUACUCCCAAGUCAUGAACAAAAUAUUGCAACCAUUUUUUUUUGCUUCGAUCGGGUUUUCUAUACCUAUAACUCAAAUGUUUAUAGGAAGAUUAAUUUGGAAAGGUUUUAUUUAUGCAUUGCUAAUGGUAGUUUCGAAAUUCGCUUGCGGAUUAUGGCUCAUUCGCUUUAAAGAUGAAAAAAAUCAUUUUUCUAUACAAAAUAUAUAUCCUACAUCAAUGCUUGGUUUAGCAAUGGUUGCCAGAGGUGAAAUAGGAUUUUUAAUAUCUUCAUUGGCCGAAGCGAAAGGUGUGUUUUCUCCUAAUAGUGAGCCGAAGGAAGGCUCAUCUGAUAUUUAUAUUAUUGUCACAUGGGCAAUUGUUCUUUGUACAUUUCUUGGUCCAGUUUGCGUAGGAUUUUUAGUACGUAGAAUAAAAAAAUUAGUAUCACUUGAUAAGCAUCCUUUAGGUAUAUGGGGUUAG